AUGGAUCUUAGAGAAGGUGUUAUUGUCCCGGUGACCAAAAAACCAAGACUCCAAAAAGCGCGUAAACCGUUGGUUAUCAACCUGUUUACUCAGAGUUGUUGCAAUACGCAGUCUGCUGCGUUGUGGAGCUACCCAGGUGAUGUAUCAUCUGGUUAUACUACCCUUGAAUACUGGCAAAAUCUGGCCAAGAAGGCGGAAGCUGCUAAGUUCAACGCGAUCUUCAUCGCUGAUGUUUUAGGACCAUAUGACGUCUAUCAAGGACCCGGUAAUUACUCUUUUGUUGCAAAGGCUGGUACUCAGUUCCCAGGUAUCGACCCUUCAAUCCCAAUUGCUGCAAUGGCCGCAGUGACAAAGAGUGUUGGUUUCGGAAUCACAUUUAGUACCAUCAGUGAACACCCUUACUUGCUCGCUAGAAAGCUUGCUACGUUGGACCAAAUGACGGGAGGUCGUGUUGGUUGGAACAUUGUCAGCUCGUACCUUAACAGUGCUGCUAAGAACCUGCUGAAUGGUGAGGAGUUACCUGAUAAACUUAGUAGAUACGAGAAGACAGAUGAGUAUGUCCAGGUCGUUGUUGAGUUAUUAUUGUCGAGUUUUAGAGAGGAUGCUCUGAAGGCUGACGUCAAGACAAAGACCUUUAUAGAUCCGGAGCUUGUACGUCCAAUUGAUUUUGAAGGUGAAUGGUAUAAAGUCCCUGGUCCUUCAUACACUUCUCCAUCACCACAGGGAAUCCCUGUUUUGUUUGAAGCGGGUACAUCCCCUGCAGGUAUCGAACUUGCAGCUAAAUGGUCAGAGGUUACAUUCUCUAACGGUCCAACACCACCAUUUCUCCGUCACAAGUCUGAUAAACUCAAAGAAACAGCUUCUAAGAGAUAUCAGAGAGAUAAGGAUUCCCUAAAGGUCCUAGUGCUUGUCAUGGUUAUUGUUGCUGAGACUGAAGAGGGAGCUUGGGAAAAGUACAAUAGAUGGGCAGAUGCUGCUGACCCUAUCGCUGCACUGGCAAUGCUUGGUGGAUGGAUGAACACCGACUUCUCCAAGUAUGAUGACGACUUCGAUCUGCUGCAAUCCGAAAACGUUAAGGACCGUGAAGUUGUCAAGCAUUUCUGCGUGGAUAUCUUGGAUAAAGGCCCUGUCACCAAAGCUGUCUUGGGAAGACACGUCUCAGUCAAGGGGUCUUCAGACCUCGUUAUCGGUUCCGUUGACCAAGUUGUUCAGAAACUGAUUGAUUAUGUCGAGAUUGGUGGCGCCGAUGGGUUCAACUUCUCCGCCCCUGUGAACCCAGCAGGCUAUGAUGACCUUAUCGACCUCGUUAUACCACGACUCAGAGAGGAAGGUCUGGCCUGGAAUGAUUACCCUGUUCCAGGUGGAACCUUGAGAGAGAAUUUGACAGGCGUCAAAGGUGCAAAAUAUUUACCAAAGGGUCACCCUGCUAAUCCAUACAUCUGGACAAAGGACCUCUCAAGAUCGGAGUUUGAGCAUAAGCUUAGUGAAUUGGACUCAAACAACACACGAUGUGAGGAGCCAGCUGGUGUGGAAAUGGUUAUAAGCGGAGAUGAUUGCCGUUCUCAAGGGGAACACAAUACUUUCAAUAAAUGGACAGCAAUUAGGGAAGAAAACACCACGGUAGGAAUGGAAAUCAACGACGAGGAACUGGAAAAGUCUCACAAGAAGCAGAGACUCCAAAGAGCACGCAGCCCAUUAGUUCUGAACUUUUUCACGCAAAGUUGUUGUAACUCACAACCAGCUGCGUUGUGGAGUUACCCAGGUGAUGUAUCAAGUGGUUAUACUACACUUGAAUACUGGCAAAACUUGGCCAAGAAGGCUGAAGCUGCAAAGAUCAAUGCGAUCUUCAUCGCUGAUGUUUUGGGGCCAUACGACAUAUACAACGGUCCAAACAACUAUUCAUAUGUUGCUAAGGCUGGUACUCAGUUCCCAGGUAUCGACCCUUCAAUCCCAAUUGCUGCAAUGGCCGCAGUGACAAAGAGUGUUGGUUUCGGAAUCACCUUUAGUACCAUCAGUGAACACCCUUACUUGCUCGCUAGAAAGCUUGCUACACUGGACCAAAUGACGGGAGGUCGUGUUGGUUGGAACAUUGUCAGUUCAUAUCUUCAUAGUGCCUCUAGAAACUUGUUGAAUGGUGUUCCAUUACCAAACAAGUUGGGGAGAUACGAGAAGACCGAUGAGUACGUCUCAGUCGUUGCUGAGCUACUAUUAUCGAGUUUUAGAGAGGAUGCUUUGAAGGCUGACGUCAAGACGAAAACUUUUAUUGAUCCUGAAUUGGUUCGUCCAAUUGACUUCGAGGGCGAAUGGUAUAAGGUUCCCGGCCCAGCGUACACUUCUCCUUCGCCUCAGGGAAUCCCAGUCUUGUUUGAAGCAGGCACUUCCAAAGGUGGUGUUGAAUUGGCUUCAAAAUGGUCUGAAGUUGCCUUCUCAACUGGUCCCACACCAGCGUUGCUUCGCGUCAAGACAGAUCGUAUUAGAGAGUGUGCAUUCAAUAGAUAUGGAAGGGAUCCUGAGAGUGUUAAGGUCUUAGUGUUUGUGAUGGUUAUCGUGGCAGAAACUGAGGAAAAGGCCUGGGAAAAGUUCAACAGAUACGCUGACGCUGCUGAUCCAGAGGCCGCUCUUGCCAUGGUUGGUGGUUGGACAACGUCUGACUUAUCAGGCUACGAUGACGAUUUCGACUUGCUCCAAACUGACAAUCCUGUGCACCGUGGAAUAGUGAAGCACUUCUGUCCAGUAAUUGCCGACAAGGGCCCAAUCACAAAGAAGGAUCUUGGUAGACACGUCUCUGUCAAGGGAACAACGGAUUUGAUCAUUGGAUCUGUUGAUCAAGUGGUUCAAACGCUUGUAGACUAUGUUGAAAUCGGUGGUGCUGACGGCUUCAACUUUGCUCCAGCUGUGAACCCAGAUUCUUAUGAUGAUCUCAUUGAUUAUGUGCUUCCAAAAUUGAGAGAGAAAGGUCUCCUCUGGGAAGAUUAUCCAGUCCCUGGAGGAACUUUCAGAGAAAACUUGAAAGGAGUCCAAGGUGCAAGCCACCUAUCUAAAGACCACCCUGCUCAUGGAUACAGAUGGACUGAGGAUCUCUCUAGAAAGGAGUUCGAAAGCAACUUUGCAGAAUACAAAAAGGAGUUGCGCGAGAAGCAAGGUGAUGCUUAUGAUCAAAGUGCCAAUAACGGUGACAACGCCAAAUAA